AUUAAUUUAUUAUCGAAUUAUCAACAAAUAAAAAAAUAAUAAUUCAAAAAUCAUAAUAAUUAUUUGGCUAAACAAAAACCAAACAAAACAAAACCAAACCAAACUAAACAUAAGAAUUUAUCUAUGGCAUUUAAGAAUAAUCUCAAAUAAAAUUCAUACUCCUGGCUAGAUAAGAAAAUUAAGGAUCUAAGUGGUACUAGCUUUUCUACAUUAGACUCUUAAGGAUCUUCUAGAUUUCCUUCACCUUCCCUUAGACAUAUUGGGUCUUUUAGCGAUGUUGAUAAGUAAAAAACCCCUUAAGAUAAUGGGUAAAAAUCUUUACAGAGCUUCUCUGAUUUUAUGCAAAACUUUUAGCAAGAAAAAGAAGAUAACUGUCAUGAAAUAAGUGAAUUAAACAACGAAAGCUAUAGUGAUGAUAGUGAUGAAGAGGAACACUGCAUUUGGGAUAAUUCUGACGCUUAAGAAUUUGGUAUCGACACUAAAAAUUUCUUAAAUUAAGAUGGAGAUCCUUUUACUUUUUACUAAUUAUAUAGUAUAAGGUCUUAACUCUACUAGCGCAAUAGAGUUUUAAGAAGCACAACUAUCUAGGAAGUUAGCAAUAUCUCUAAAUUUUAUGAAAAGCCUAUUAAGUUAACAGAAAUGAUGAAUUAAUAAACAUACUUAGAUAAUACUUGUAAGCUCUUUUAAUAGUUGCCUUCUUUGAGUUAGAAUUAAACUCCUACUAAUAAAUUGGCUGAAACACCUAAAUAGUAGCUAUAAAAUGAAGAUUUUGAUUAGUCAUUUGUUUAGUCAUUUGAACAAAAGGAGGAAAAUCAGAAUAUGAUAUGCCAAACUCGUAAAUAGAUUUAAGUGAAGACUAUUGAUAUAUAAAUGCUGACUACUCCAAUUUAGACUUCUUAAAAGAGCCAAUAAAAUUUAUUAACCAAAGGUGCAAAAUAAAUUAAUUCAAUAAGUCACACUAAGUUAGUAUCAUUAAAUAUGUCAGUGACUCCAAAAAGUUCUGUCCCAGUUAAAACCUUUAGCAUCACUGACCUUUUAACAUAAGACAAUAGCAGCUCGCAUAAAAGUUUGAACUAUGUAAGCUCAUUAAGUAAUUUAGAAUUAAAUAUAAGUGAGAGUAAUUCACUAACAAAUAUACCUAAUUCUACAUUUUUAAAUAAGUAAAAUUAAGUCCUUCCUAAAGGUGGACUUACUCCUUCUAAAAAUAAAAUCAUUAACUUAUAGUAUAAAAUAAUGAAUAAUGACAGAAGUCAAUCUACAGAAAGAAAAUACCUCUAAAAACAAUCCUCAAAACCUUAAUUACCUUUGAGUGCAACUAGAAAUAUUAGUGCUAAAAAAAACUCAUUUCAAUCCCCUUAGCAAUCUUAAAAAUCUUUAUAAUAUAUAUGUAAACAAAGUAAUAAAUCUUAAAAUACCUUGUUGGGAAAUUCAUAAGAAUAUCUUCUUCAUUUAUCCCCAAAAACAUAACAAAUAACAAAGCGCGCUUGCUUAAAGCUCUGA